UCCAUGAUGUUUGCCCAGUGCACCCACAAGUGUGCGAGCUCCGUGCUGCUGAUGGCACUGCUCUGCUGCAUCCUUUUCCCUCCAGCGCAGGCCAGCAAGAGCUCGGAGGACAUCCGCUGCAAGUGCAUCUGUCCCCCGUACCGCAACAUCAGCGGGAACAUCUACAACAAGAAUGUGUCGCAGAAGGACUGCAACUGCCUGCACGUUGUGGAGCCCAUGCCGGUGCCAGGGAACGAUGUGGAGGCCUACUGCCUGCUGUGCGAGUGCAAGUACGAGGAGCGCAGCACCACCACCAUCAAGGUGAUCAUCAUCAUUUACUUGUCCGUGGUGGGGGCACUGCUGCUUUACAUGGCUUUCCUUGUGCUGGUGGACCCUCUGAUCCGGAAGCCAGAUGCUUAUACCCAGCCCCUGCACAAUGAGGAGGAGAAUGAGGAUGCUCGAUCCUUGGCCGCAGCCCCCGCCCCGGCUGGCGCUAGAGCCAACACGGUGCUGGAGAGGGUGGAGGGGGCUCAGCAGCGCUGGAAGCGCCAGGUGCAGGAGCAGAGGAAGACAGUCUUUGACCGCCACAAGAUGCUGAGCUAG